GCUUUGAACGCUGUUCUCGUACAGACUUGUUUUCCUCGCGCAACUGCCCGCUUUUUUUUUUUUUUGAAAAUACAAUAAUAUUAUAUUAUAUCGAUACUUACACCAAAUAAUAUAUAAACAAUUUAAUUUCGUACUUUAGACUGUACAAUGAUUAUAAAGAUUGUAUAGAUCAUAAAUCUAUAUUCUAUGACACGCAGUAGUACAUCUUUCAUUUAAAUCAAAAUUUAUAUUAUUUCGGUUUGUCAUAAGUAAAUUGUGGAACGUGUUAAUAACUAUAGUUCCUAAAUGUCAAUAUUUAAAUGUUUUGUUAUAUUGUGAAGUAUCUGCAGAUUUUAUUGAACCAUGUACCAGCUAUACAUUUUCGACAAAAUGUCGUUAAAAUGAUGACGUUGGCUUUAUCGUUGGUUACUCCUUCAGACCGCGGUGGACUACGCACGUCCGUGUUCUUUUGGUUGGCGCUGUUGGGCGUGUGCCAAUGUCUGUCCGGGACACCGACCACGGCAUCGACCGCCCGCCAUUGGAGUUUGGCCGAAUUGUCGGUGACGUCUAGUGAGCUGCCUAAACAGAUACCGGCGCCGCCUUACCCGGUACAGCAGAGGAUCCAAUCGACUCCGCACUAUGACCAACAGCUCAAAUUGCCAUCGGGAAACGGUGUAGGUUCGCGGCACCACUACUAUCCGUGGACCCGACCGACGGUGUCGAUUAUUUGAGCAGAUAGAUUUUAUUAUUACCCAUACUCAUCAUUAUUAUUGCUUUUUCAACAAUUUCAUCGCUACAUCGAUGACCACCAUUUCUAGCGCGGUAACCGGAACUGAACCGAAAUUAACCGGUUCCUUACAGAUUUAUACGUCAUAUAAUAUGGAUCCAAUACAGAUUGAACCUACACUUUAACCAGCACCCACAAGACAGUUGGGCUAUAACUUAUAGGCACAACUAAGAUAUUUGUUUUUUUUUUUGGGGGGGGGGGGCUAGAAUUGUAUCAGCAGCACAGACUCUGACAAUUUAUAUUUUAAACUAAAAUAUGAUUAAAAAACUGCGGGGUUACAGAUAAAACUGGGGUGCUAAGCCCCCCUCAUUGCGCCUAUAAGCUGGGCCCUAAACCGAUCCACUCCCUUCAACUAAAAGUAAUCCAAACUUUUAAUAUGUCUAUUGUCAGUUUUAAAAGUAAACGAAGCGAGAAUAACCAAUCCGAAAUCGGAGCAGAUCUGCAAAUCAAAUUAUAUAAAAGGUUCCAGUUCCUGAAUUACUUACCUACUAAAGACGGUUUAACAAUUUUAAACCAAUAAUUAUAUUGUUAUUCCUAUUUGGCAUUUUAACUGUUAUUAACUGAUAAAUUAUUACCUAUACUUAUAUUGUAAACGAAAUAUACAUAAAUAAGACAUGUUGCGGUUACCAAAGUUACCUGGCUUAACCACAUGCACCUAUAUUAUGUUACCUUCAUGUUAUCUAUUUUUUUUUCUUAAGUUUAUACCCCCACUUAUUUUAUGUGUUAUUUAUUUAUUUUUAUAUUUAAAAAGUAAUCAGAUAAUUUUAGAUUUGAAAUUAUUACACAAAUAUACAACAUUGACCAUAUAAUUUAUAUAGGGACCAUUAUAAUAUAUAAUUUAAAACAUACUUUUAUAUGCCUAAAAGUAUAUUCAAAUUUUAAGUAUCUUUAAUUACAACAGAAUAUAAGCAACAAUUGUAUUUUAUUUAAAUAUUGCAAUAAACAUAAUUAUAUGUGUCUAUGUUA